CAUUUAAUCCGGAAGUUGAUUUAAUUUUCCAUGGUAUUUAUGAAAACAACGACAAAAUGAUUAAAUUUUAGGGAAAAUCGUUAUUAAGAAAGAUGACACGAAUGGCUGAAGACUUCUGAUCUAUCUGUAUUAUACAUCAUCCAGCAAAGAUGAGUUUUGGGUACACACCAAGAAUUCACCCUGUUGAUAUCCAAUCAAGACCAUCAAAUCUUAGUGUUGGCACUGUGGAGACAAUACCUAUUGAUGAGCUAGAUCUUGCAGUGGCUUCCAGCAACUACAGAAAUGUGGACCCCAAGAGACAGAAGAGACAAGACAGUAUAAGGAAUUUUCAGACUUUAGAGGAAGUGAGGUGGUCAAGUAUGAGGAAGAAGAUACCUGGGAUGUCUUCAGUCCCAAAGCAUUUAUCUACACAUCCAGAAAACUAUACAGAGUUACACACAAAGUAUAUGCAGGACCUCCGGCAGUAUAUUCGCCAGCAUUUCCAUAAGAUGGAGUGCUCGAUUUUUGUACCUGCUCCCAACCAGCUUGCAAAAAUCAAAUACAUUAGAGAGAUUAGAUGUCAUUGUGGGGGCGUGUUCACUGAGCACAGUGGAGCGACAAACAAAGUCCUAGAACAAUAUUUUGUACACAAAGAUCUACAGAGAAUAAUAAACAGAAGACGAUUGGACGAGCCUAUCCCUGCAAAACUUCCUCAGCCGAAAUGGACUCCUGACAACCUGCAUAGAACUGUCACUAACUCUUUUGGCAAAAUCAAGUUUGUAAAUGUUGAACAUGUUGGUGGAACUAAACCGGCUAAGUACAUUAGGAUGGCAGCAGAUGACUCUGUUGAAGACUUGUUUGAACUGAUGGUAAAGUAUUGGCGCAUCAAGGAUCCUCAACCACCUAACCUUGUUAUAUCAGUUGUGGGCGGGGCAAAGAACUUCAAACUAGAUGGACGUAUGAGAACCACUUUUUCUGCUGGGCUUAUCAAGGCAGCUAAGACUACCUCUGCCUGGCUGAUAUCCUCUGGUUUCAACAUGGGUGUGAUGAAAUCUGUUGGUCAGGCUGUCAAUGAAGGUCAGUCAUUUUGCUGGGACAACAAUCGUAUGGCGCAUGUGCUGAGGUGUAUAGGUAUCGCUCCCUGGGGUUAUGUCAGGAACAGACAGGGGCUCAUAGAGACUAUAGAUGGUGAGGGUAAAUUCUGUGCGGAGUACAGGACAAGUAAUGUAAUCUUGCACAAUGAGCCUGUGCCACUCAAUGCUGAUCAUACCCACUUUAUCUUUGUUGAUGAUGGUUACAGGAAUAAAUAUGGAGGAGUGGCGGCUAUGAGGUCUAAAAUAGAGCAAAAAAUAUCCCAGCCCGAGUCAGCUGGUGGACUAGGUAUUCCAGUUGUUCUAAUAGUUGUAGAGGGUGGGACAGAUGCGUUAGCAGAUGCCAGAAGUUCUCUCGAACAUCGUAUACCUGUUGUUGUCUGUGCUGGAACAGGAAGAGCUGCAGAUAUUCUAACAUAUGCUUACUCACAUACCAAAACUACCUCCGUUGGUGUGCGUGAAAUGUCUGAAAAGCACCAGUCCAAAUUGAAAGAUAAGAUUAUUGAAGCCUAUGGGAAAGCAUGGAAAGAAGAGGAGAUAGAAGACAAAGUAAAUCCUAUCAAAGAAUCUGUAAAGAUCUGCUGUCAGAAUGCCGACUUAAUGAUAAUAUUCAACAUGAAUAAAGCUGAGGACCUGGACAUGGCUAUCUUGUCCGUGCUACUGAAGGCUCAAGCUGGUGGGGACGAGAACCAGCGGCUCACGCAGUUGAAGCUGGCUCUCACCUGGAAUAGAGUGGACCUUGCUCAAGAGGAAAUAUUUAGGGAAGAUGUCCUUUGGAAGCAAGGUAGUCUAGACGAUGUGCUUACAGAAGCCAUAGUAACAGACAAGGUGAAGUUUAUGGAGUUAAUAUUGCAGCAAGGUGUUAUCAUGAAGGAAUAUCUCACACUGGAUAGGCUGGACCAACUUUACACACAGGUUCCCAAACACCAUCAUAUCAAUAAACUGAUGUUAAAGCUGACUGGCACAACUGAAAUGAAUAGAAAAAAUGUCUUACGUCUGCUUUCCGUUUUGUUAGACAGGUUUGACACCGAUGAGCAACUUGACCUAGACAAUGACAUGUUUGUUGAGGAGAAUGAAGAUACACAUACAAGCAAGUUUAUGUUUGCCAGACCAUACAAACAUCUUCUCAUUUAUGCAGUGCUACUACACAGACAAUCAUUGGCAAAGUUUUGUUGGGAGAUGGGAGAUGAACCAGUUACAACAGCUGUGGCUGUGACACGACUGUACUCGGCUAUGAUACGUCAUAUCACUCGAGAUGAAUCUAUCCUGCGUGACACAGUGACAGAAUACAAAAAGGAAUUUGAGAACCUUGCAGUGAAGGUGUUAGAUGAAUGUCAACAGAAAGAUCCAAGUAAAGCUAUGAUGGUUGUUGAAAGAAACUCACCUGUCUGGAACGAGAUGACCUGUCUACAGAUAGCUGCAGCUUCAAAUGAUCGGGUGUUUUUGUCAUCAGAAACAUGCAUGGAUUCUGUGUCCACGACUUGGAAGCAGGGUAUUAGCUCUGGCUGGAAAUGCAUACUUCUUGCCACACUUUGUCCUCCCUUGGUCUUGUUUAUAAUUGAGACUGUACAAAUAGGGGCAGAAACAUGGUCCUGGAGUCAGAAAAUAGGAAAUUUUUACACCGCACCACUUGUGAAAUUUGUACACAGCACGUUGAUGUACAUAGCAUUUUUAAUCCUGUAUACAUACAUGUUGUUGGUGGAUAUACAACCAGACAAUGUAACAACUAUAGAAGUAAUUUGUGUCAUCUGGAUUUUCACCUUUAUGGUGGACAAUGUUCACACAUUGUUAAAGUUUCCGGCGCCUACAUUUAUGUCAAAGAUACGUGACUUCUAUGGUAUAAUGGAAUACCUGGAAUUAUAUACUGUGGCGACAACCUUCAUUGGGUUCAUACUUCAUUGGUUCGACUUCUACAGCUCGACAAAAGUCUUGUACAGUAUUAAUUCAGUUAUAUUCUUUGUGGGGAUAAUGCAGUCAUAUAGAGCAUUUGAAAACCUUGGGCCGAAACUAGUCAUGAUCAAAGGAAUGUUUGGAGAGCUGCGUCUAUUCAUUGUGGUAUUGCUGGUAUUCCUGCUUGCCUAUGGUAUUGCGCAUCAAGGUUUGCUGUACCACGAGAGGUCACCAUCAUGGAAUAUAUUACGGGAUGUUUUCUACUACCCGUACUGGCAGCUUUAUGGUGAAAUAUACUUAGAAGAAAUUGAUUCGGAUUCCAGUGGAAGUUGUGAUGCAGAGCAAAUAGAUUGUAGGACAAGUCACUGGUUGGUACCAUUUAUCCUGGCAGCGUACCUUAUGGUGGGAAACAUACUUCUUCUCAACUUACUCAUUGCUAUAUUCAGCAAUGUAUUUCAGCAAAUAGAGAAGAACUCGAAGGAGAUUUGGAAGUUUCAGAUGUACUUUCUAGUCAUGGAAUAUGAUAAGAAGACAUUUCUUGUCCCACCAUUUAGUAUCAUUCCUCACACUAUAGAUUUGAUAAUGUGGUUGUUUAGAAAGGCGUGUUGCAAGAAAAAUUCCAUACGACAGAGGCUAGGAAGGAGACAUUUAGAAUAUUUACAGCUGUUUGAAAAAGAGAUGAUGACAAAUUAUUUGCGUAGAGAGAAGGCUAGUGAACACGAGAACCUGGAGAUGACUGUGCAGAAACUGGAGAAACGGGUUGACGAGCUAACUAAACUGAUCGAGGACGAGAUUAUCGGAGAUCAGCUGCCUGAUCCCAUGAGCUUUAUGAUAGCAGAUGAUGGCCAGUCAUUUGUAUGGAAGAAGACAGACUCGGUGACUGAAAACUUUGCCCCCUACACACCAUGGCCAUAUGUUUCUGAUGUCUUGGCAGUGAAAGAUUUAGUUACCAACACAGAUAUACCACAGGAAUACAUGAAGCGACCUAUGAUGACCAGAGGGAGAUCAUCAUCUGUGAAGAAGGAAGUAUGUCUGAGAUCUGGCUCUGGAUUAUUUGUUCUACCAGCAAAGAUGCCAACAAACCUUGUUUCAAGUAGUGACAACACAAAUAAAGAGGCAGAAACUGUCAAAACUGAGACAGGUGAAAAUAAACUCACCAGUGAUACAAAUGAAGUGCCAAAAUAUGACACUGCUGAAAUUGCGGAAAGAAAGACAGAUUGUAAGACUGAAAAAGAAGCUCCUGAACAAAAUGCUGAUACCAUAGCUGCCGAGGGGAAUCAGCUGAUCGAGAGUGUUGCAGACACACUGACUGAAAAAGAGAAGAGGAAAAUGGAAAAGGCUAAAAGAAAGGAAGAAAGGCGUAAGAGGAAGGAAGAAAAGAAAGCUAGAAGAGAAAAAAGUCAGGAAAGGGAUGAGUGGUUGAAAAAGGACAAUGAAAACGAAGAAAGACCUUUAGCUGAUUUAAAUGGUGGCAUAAUAAAUAAUGUUAAUCAACCACAAGGUAAAGAUAAUGGCUUGAAAAUGAAGGUUUCAUUUCACUUAGAUGAUUCAAUUGUUAAACCAGGAGGUGAUCAGCGUCCUCAAACUGCGCCAGGCCUUGAACAAUCACCAGAAAUUACAAAUCAUUUAGAAAUGCACGAAGGAAGUAGGCAACAAAAUGAUCAGUGGAAUAUAGAGGAGGAAAAGCUUGAACCACGUGGCAGUAGAUCAGCAUGGUCACCUUACAAACACAGGGUCAGUGACAGUGAGGAGGAAAGAGAGGCCAGAAAAAUGGAGAGGAGACGGUUCUCACAACAGUUUGAUGACACAUCAAGUGAUGAUGCAGUCUCCCUUAGAGAAAAACUUCGCAAGAAAAUGAAAAAGAAAAAAUCCAAAAGGAAGAAGAAGCUUAUUGAAGACAGUGAUUGAUACAAUGCAAUAGAUAUAUAGUAGUAUAUAUUGUUUUUAGACAAAUUAACGUUAAAAUGUGUAAGUUAUAAUGUUACGAUUGUUAUUGAUUAUAUUUAUACUGUUUAUUAUUUGCUCAGAAUCAUACCGUCCACUUUGUUCUUUUGAACGUUACAAGUUUAUGUUGAAUAUUAACAUAUUGUUUGAAUAUCAUUAGUAUUUAAGGAACUCUCUUUUAUGUAAAAGACAAUCUUUUAGAUUUUAGGUCAAGUAUACAAACUAUGUUGAGAACUAUCCUACGAUGCCUUGCGUGCCUGUCAGUUCCGCAUCCACAACUUGGUUAGUUUUGAUGCACGUUCACAUGAUCUCUGUUAUUGCUUGACAGGUUUGCUUCAGACUUAAAAUAGUUAUUUCUCGUAAUUAAAGACAUCAUAUGACACAAGGGUCAUAACUCUCGCAGAAUUAUUGUAUGGAUUAUCUCCCCUUCAUCUUUUCAUUAAUUAUGACCCCUUUAUACGUAGCUUUAUAGGUUAAUUUUGAUGCAAUUCACAAUAUCUCUGUUAUUACAGAAGGGAUUUAAUUUUAGCUUGAACUAGUUGUUUCACAUAAUCACUCACAUCAUAUGAAAGAAGGGCUAUAACUUUUGCACCAAUAUUUCAUGAAUUAUGCCCCUUUUUUAGUUUUUAUUUAGAAGUUCAGGUUAAAUUUCGUGACUUUAUAUAUAUAUUUGUUACUUUUGAACGGUUUUGAAUCAAACUUAAAAUAAUUGUUCCACAUCACUGUUCUCAUCAUAUGACUCAAUGUUCAUAACUGCGGCACAAAUAUUUUAUGAAUUAUUUCCCACACACUUCUUACUUAGAGUUUUAGUUUUCUUCUGAUUAUAUUUCACCAUAUCUAUGUUGUAAUGAAAUGGAUUUGUUUCAAACUUAAAAUGUUUGUUCCACAUCACAACUUACAUUAUUUGACAGAAGGUCCAUAACUCUAGGCAGCAAUAUUUUAUAAUUUAUGUCCCUUUUUACAUAGAAUUCAUGUUAAAGUUAUGAUGGACUUUUGCUAGGUCUCAUUUGCUAAUGAUUUUAUUAUACCCCCACCAAACAUGUUUGAGGGGGGUAUAUAGGAGUCAGUUUUGUCGCGUCCCGUCACGUCGCGUCCCGAAAUCUAUUAUCUCAGUUAUUACCAAAUGGAUUUGAUUCAAACUUAAAAUACAUGUUUCACCUUAUCACCCACAUCAUGUGACACAAGGUGCAUAACUCUUGACACCAAGUUUUCAUGAAUUAUGUCCCCUUUUACUUAGAAUUUAAGGUUAAUUUUGUUGUAUUUUCACUAUAUCUCAGUUAUUACUAAAUGGAUUUGAUUCAAACUUAAAAUAGAUGUUCCACCUCAUCACCCACAUCAUGUGACAUAAGGUGCAUAACUCUGACACCAUUUUUUUUAUGAAUUAUGCCCCUUUUUACUUAGAAUUUAAGGUUGAUUUUUGAUGUAUUUUCACUUUAUCUCAGUUACUACUGAAUGGAUUUGAUUCAAACUUAAAAUAGAUGUUCCACCUCAUCACCCACAUCAUGUGCCCACAUCAUGUGACACAAGGUGCAUAACUCUGACACCAAGUUUUCAUGAAUUAUGUCCCCUUUUACUUAGAAUUUAAGGUAAAUUUUGUUGUAUUUUCACUAUAUCUCAGUUAUUACUAAAUGGAUUUGAUUCAAACUUAAAAUAGUUGUUCCACCUCAUCACCCAGAUGAUGUGACAUAAGGUGCUUAACUCUGACAUAAAUUUUUUAUGAAUUAUGUCCCCUUUUACUUUAAAUUUAAGGUUGAUUUUGAUGUAUUUACACUAUAUCUCAAUUAUUACAAAAUGGAUUUGAUUCAAACUUAAAAUAAAUGUUCCACCUCAUCACCCACAUCAUGUGACACAAGGUGCAUAACUCUGACACCAAUUUUUCAUGAAUUAUGCCCCUUUUUACUUAGAAUUUAAGGUUAAUUUUGAUGUAUUUUCACUAUAUCUCAAUUACUACUGAAUGGAUUUGAUUCAGACUUAAAACAGAUGUUCCACCUCAUCACCCACAUCAUGUGACACAAGGUGCAUAACUCUGACACUAUUUUUCUUGAAUUGUGUCCCCUUUUACCUAGAAUUUAAGGUUAAUUUUGAUGUAUUUUCACUACAUCUCAUUCUGAUUGGCUUAGAGCCAAAGGGAAGUAACCUUUUCUUAACCUUUGUACUGAGUUUCUUCCCCUUAAAUUCCAGGAAUAAGUCUAUUUUUAGAAAUCCUAUUUUUAGAUUUUCAAUAUUUUAGGUAUUUUUCUAACUUUUUUUAUUAUAAGUCCUAUGUAAAAAGUAAAAACAUUUUUCCGUGGUAACAUGGGUCGGUAAGACACUUUUUUGUAUUCACUUUUAGUGUAUCUCUAAUAUUAGAGAUUUAAUAUAUUUACUAGUAUUACUAUAAUAGUAUUAUACUAGUAUUACUUAUAUGUGGAAGCCCAGGAUGAAGUAGUCCAAAGUAUUUUUAAGAUUCCUUAUGGUUGCCAUUCUUCUGUGACAAGACCGUAUGGUGGGGGUAUGAGUCACUCCUGUGACAGUUCUAGUUCAAACUUAAAAUAGUUGUUACACAUGAUUAGCCACAUGAUCUGACAGAUGAUGCAUUACUCUUGCAAAAAUCUUCCAUGAAAUUAUGUCCCUUUUAUAUACUUAGUUAAUGUUUUCAUACAUUUUCACUACUAAGUACUUUGGACUCAAAGUUGAGUCUCCUGUUACAGCUGUUUUUAACAAUACUACUUUUUAAACUGACAGUGAAAACUACAACUAAGUGUAUAAAAGCCUAUUAAUAAUUUGUUUGAUCAAAGCUUUGUCUUGUUUUGGUCUUAUGUUGCAUCUGUGUUUAAUGAUAGUGCUGUUUUAUUUCUAUAACGUUAUGUUUUUAUUAUACAAUUUACUGUGAUAUAUGUUUGUGAUUUACUCAGGUAAUACGUAUUGUAACUAUCACUUUUUUCUUUGAGAUUAUAUCAUAUCUGAUAUACAUGUAUGUUCAGAAAAUGUGAUAUAUACAGAGUGGUCCGUAAUAUAUGAUACCAAUAAAAAUUUUUACUUGUUAGUCCCCUACCGGUGGAACACUAUAGGAAUGACAUUCGUCCGUCUGUCUGAGCCCACAUUUGCAUACUUAGGGGCUGCAGGAACAAUAGGUAACUGUACUUUUUCUUUGAUGUCAUUCAUUCCGUAAGGCUUUUAUGUGGCUCUAUUACGUGGCUAAAAGAACAAUAGACAUAACAAAAGAGUAGUCACAUAUAUACACAUGUAGGAACGUCCGUCUGUCCGUCAGCAAAUCUGGGUCCUGCAAUUACCUGAAAAGUAUUCAAGCUAGGUUCUUAAAAGAUGGUGUGUUUAAAGAGGGCAAUAUGUAGAUAAUGCACGUACGUAACUAAUGCUUGUAAGUCAAAGGUUAAGGUAGCUACCGAAGGUGAAAUAAAAAUUGUUUCUGUUCCGUAACUUUUAUAUGCAUUGAUAGAUUAUCUUAGUGGUAUACACAAAAUUUCCCCAUGAUGAGACAAUGUGCCAACACAUGAUCUAUGCUUGUCGGUUAAAGGUCAAGGUCACUGUUUAAGGUAAAGUUAAAACACAUUUCUGCCCCAUAACUUUGAAUUGCAUUGAAGGAUUUUUUAUUACUAUACAGAAAUGUUUCCAAUGAUCAGACUGUCUCCCAGAUGACGAAUGGUUGUUGGUCAAAGGUCAGUAUUGAAGGUCAAGUAAAAAUUGUUUCCGCUCCAUAACAUUUAUGUGCAUUGAUGGAUUAUCUUAAUACUGCACACAAAUGUUCCCCGUGGUGAGACAAUGUGUCGUGUACAUGAUCAAUGCUUGUAGGUCGGAGUCACUAUUGAAAUUUAAGUAAAAAUAGUUUUUGUGUCUUAUCUCCUUGAUUUUUUAUAAUACGCCCGAAGGGACAUAUUAUGUUAUGGUCCCGGUGUCCGUCUGUCUGUCCGUCCGUCCGUC